AUGUCUGGUUUUGAUAUUGCAACUAUUCUUGAUAAGAAAAAUAGAGCAUUACCCAAACCCUUUAAUAUUCGUCCAGGUUUUGAUAUGAAAUAUGUGAAAUCGUAUAUUCUAAAUUAUACCGGAUCUUAUGGAAAUAAACUUAACCAAGUAUUCAAUAAUGAAAGAUGGUUCGAUAAUUUAUCCACUAUAAAACAUAAUGAGACACCAUUUCAAUGGUCAUUACGA